UGCCAAGUGCAGCAGCUACCAUCGACUGGCCCCGGGCCUGGCUGCCUCGUGCCCUGCCCGCCCUGUGUACCGCAACACCCUAGACCCAAGUGUUGCCGCCCUCCACCCUACAGUGUUGCUGCCGUUGCAGAUGAACACAUGCAAGCAUAAUAAUAACAACACGUUCUGUUGAUAAACCUGUCAUCAAUAUUUCGUGCCUUUAAUGCAAGGAGAAACACGAGUGAAGAGAGCCGCUUGUGCAGCACCGAGAGUGAUGGUGCCUGAGGCGCGCUGAGUGUAGUGUAUGAGGAGUGUGUGUCCGGUGGCCAGCGUGCCCUGUGAUGCCCGCAGCGCUGCCCGCCGUCUACCUCACUACCAGGAGACGGGGCCGCGCCCCUGCUGCAGGGUCGCCCACGGUUGGUGAGUGUGGGCCGGACCCCCAUGUGCUGGUGGUCGCCACGUGCCGGCGGGGACGUGAUGCGUGAGAUCGGGGACAGUGGGCGCUGCAACGGGGGACCGGCCGCGCCCCGGGAGCUCAGCGGUGGCGUGGGGGGCGGUGCGGGGGACGGUGCCCAGCAGCUGGGGGCCGACGACCCCGAGGAGACCACGCCCCUCACCCUGCUAGCGGGUGACCCUCCCGACAAGGACCUGACCGACAUCAACAGCCUCCUGGACGACAUCCACAAGCUGGGGGGCCGCGGGGACAGCAUCCCCCUGCGGUCCUUCACACCGGGGCCCGACCUGGACACCACCCCGCACCGCCACACGCCCGUCUCCCAGCCCAGGGCUUCGCACAGCCGCAAGGCCAGCACCUCCUCUUCUGAUGAGAUCAUCGAAGUCGAACCCCGCGCUGCCGCCCAGGUACUAUCUUUGGGUGCUGACGUCCUACCAGAAUACAAACUUCAGUCCCCGCGGAUACACAAGUGGACAAUUCUUCAUUACUCUCCAUUCAAGGCAGUGUGGGACUGGAUCAUCCUCUUGCUUGUUAUCUACACAGCUAUCUUCACACCCUAUGUGGCUGCCUUUCUCCUCAAUGAGCAAGAGGCAACGAGGAAGAGCAAUCAAAACCAAUACGACAGUCCCAUUGUCAUCAUUGAUCUCAUAGUUGACAUAAUGUUUAUGGUUGACAUCGUCAUCAAUUUUCGCACUACCUAUGUUAACCACAAUGAUGAGGUAGUGUCACACCCAGGCAAGAUUGCUCUCCACUACCUACGUGGGUGGUUCCUCAUCGAUGUUGUUGCAGCGAUUCCAUUUGAUCUCCUCCUUGUCACAGACUCGAAAGAGCAGGAGGCAGAUGAUGAAAAGACAACGACCCUCAUCGGCCUUCUGAAGACCGCCAGGCUCCUGCGGCUGGUGAGGGUUGCCAGAAAAAUUGAUAGGUAUUCAGAGUAUGGUGCAGCCGUCCUUCUCCUGCUAAUGGCCACCUUUGCCCUCAUUGCUCAUUGGCUCGCUUGUAUAUGGUAUGCCAUUGGGAAUGCUGAACGGCCAGGUUUACCGCACAAGAUUGGCUGGCUGGACCACUUAGCGAAUGCUACUCGCCAGUACUAUUAUAGCAACAGCACGGGAGGACCCACACUAAGGGCGAAGUACGUGACAGCACUGUACUUCACCUUCAGUAGUCUCACAUCGGUGGGCUUCGGCAACGUGGCGGCUAAUACAGAUGUCGAGAAGAUUUUCACCAUAUUGGUUAUGCUCAUCGGCUCACUCAUGUAUGCCAGUAUCUUUGGAAAUGUCUCGGCCAUCAUCCAGAGAUUAUAUGCAGGGACUGCACGGUACCACACACAGUUCAUGAGAGUCAAAGAAUUCAUUCGAUUCCACCAGAUACCUAAUCCUCUUAGGCAGCGACUGGAGGAAUACUUCCAGCACGCCUGGACCUACACAAACGGCAUCGACAUGAAUAUGGUGUUGAAGGGCUUCCCAGAUUGCUUGCAGGCAGACAUCUGCCUUCAUCUCAACCGACAGCUUGUUGAUUCUUGUCCGGCUUUUGAAGGUGCCAGUCCGGGAUGCUUACGAGCACUUAGUAUGAAGUUCAAAACAACACAUGCUCCGCCCGGGGACACACUGGUGCACAGAGGUGAUGUCCUAACCUCCAUGUACUUCAUCUCUAGAGGUUCCCUUGAAAUCCUCAAAGAUGAUGUUGUGAUGGCAAUUUUAGGUAAAGAUGACAUAUUUGGGGAGAAUCCUUGUAUCUACCCAACCAUAGGAAAGUCAUCGUGUAAUGUACGAGCUCUCACUUACUGUGACCUGCACCGCAUCAUGAGGGAUGAUAUCCUUGAUGUCCUCGAUCUUUACCCUGAAUUUGCUGAAGAGUUCUCUCGUAACCUAGAGAUAACCUUCAACCUGAGAGAUGAGGAAGUGACAGGUGUAGACCCAGCUCUUCUCUGGAGGAGACCUCACUGUAAUGUUGAGCGAAGUAAUUCUCAGGACACAGAUGAUAUAAGAAAAAUUGCCUUUAGACCUCCACGGCAACGUCGCCGACAAUUCACUAGACGUACUUCUAGUGGUGAAGAGAGUGACUCAGAAGAUAAACACUUGGUCACGAGAAGUUGUAUUCAAGAAUUUUCUCCAAAUAAGGCACGGCAAGACCCAUCUCACAACCUCAAUUUUGAACAUAAACAGAGAUCAGGAACUCUUAAUUCUAUAACUGUUGCAGGUAAUGCCAGUCCUGAGAGACGACUCCAUGCCCGUCACUCCAGUCUGACCUUACCCGUCGAGAGUCAGUCUAGUACCGCCCACAACCAGGCCCGCGAGGUCACAGAGGUCAACUUGCGCCUCGAUGCCCUCACCAGACAAAUGCAGCAUUUGGAGAUGCGUAUGACAUCAGAUAUUGCUCAUGUGACAUCAGAUAUUGCUCAUAUCCUCGCACUUCUACAACAGCAGCAGCAUCAGCACACUUCAGUUUCACCGUCCCAAAUGGACUCGGAUCAGAGUCCUGAGAGUCGUCGUAGUGGUGUAAAUAGUUCCAGAGGGGGGAAUGGCAGAGAAAAUAGAAUAUUUCGGAGAACAGCUUCCUUACAUGAUGAUACCUCUCAUCAUUCACGACACCACUACCGCUCUCUUGAAAUCACAAGACCACAGGUAGAGGACUUGUUAGGUCAUUCCACACAUCAAGGCCUUGACUUUCGGGAAGUAAGCGGGUCCCUCGGAGCUACCAGUGGGCCAGGUCGAGGAGGUGCAGGAGUUUCCACUAGACAGUGUCCCUCCAUGCCUUUAACACCAGACUUAGAUCCAGAUGCCCUUAGGCCAUCCCCACCACGCAGUCAGUCCCAGCCCUCAGAUUUAACCCAGGCCCGGUGGCGUCGUAAGUGCCGCUCACCCCUGCAAGGUGCAGCCCAUGAUCCCUGGGCACCCCGUCGGGAGGACUCCAGGGGAUCUGAGCCUGAAUCUUGGGGCGACUUCCGAUCUCUCACCGAAGCACCCAUCGCUAGACUAGAGUCGCUGGACGAGAUGGAAUCGUUGUCUGAGCGCUCCCGGGAAGCAAGUCCUGGCACUAGUCGAGUAAGCAUGGCAGAUGCCUUGAAGACUGAGUCAGAUGUCUGAAACCCCAUGAGGAUGUAGAGCCCUCUCAGGUUGGAAUCCAGCAUUUAUUGCUUGGCAUCCUAAGUCCACUAGAAUCUGCAACGAAUGAAUCUUUUAUAAGCCAAUCAAUGUCUGAGUGAAAACAAAACUUAUCUGAAAAUGUUAUUAGCCACUCAGGAUAUAUGAGGGUGAGAUAUGAAAAUAUUUGUUAGGAAAUGAUACAGACUAAUGUAAGUAAAUGUAACUGCCAUAAAUAUUUUCUUGAAAUAUAACUCAAGAAUUAUCAAGUUCAAUAAAUAUGAAUUUAAAACAGCCUUAUUAUACUGAACUUCAUAACAUUUUAUAUAGCCCAUGAUAUGCUCAUGAAAAUUUUUGGAAUGUCAAAGUGAUAAGGAAAUUUUAGGAAUAGAAAACUGAGAAGUUUCUUUACAAUGUAGAGAAUUCUCUUUUCUAAAUGCUGCUGCAUUAACAGUGAUCUAAAGCAUUACUGAUACUAUUUGAUAUAAUGUUAAGUUUAAUGCCCUACAAUGCAGUUAAAAGGUAUUCCUAAACAUUCAUAAUGCCUAAAAUAUUGUGCAUCCAUUGAGAUUUGGAUGGAAAAUCUCAUCUUCAAAUGGAUGAAAACAAAAUGUUUUGGUGCGCAUAUUUAUACAGUAAUAGAAAAUGGUGCACAUUCUAGUAACCGAUCGUUAUUUGUUUUCGAUUCGGUAUCACUGCAACGUCCAGGGAAUGAUGGUAAUUAAUUUUUAAGAUUAAGGUUUUCUGUGAUGCCUCUAAUUUUGGAAGUGGAGAACAUAUAUUCUGGCUGUGUUCAAGAAAUCCCUUAUCAUGCAUUGUCAGUACAUUAAUAGUUAUGAACAAAAAAUAAGGAAUGCACUGAAUGAACACAAUAAACACUGUUUUGGAUGGUUCAAAACAUUGGUUCUGGUACAAUAUUUAGGUUCUUAAGAAUUUUUUAUGAUAUUGGCCUUAAUAUACUUUUAAUUUUUACUAAUAUAUAAAUAUGAUUUUCAUCAGUAGUAAAAAAAGUUGAUAAUGAGAAAUGAAAAGGGAAUUCUUAGAUCCAGCCUCUGAGAUAUAGUUACUUGUUAAGACUACGGCUCAAAAGUUUAGUUAUUGUCUGCAAACAUUAUCGCUUAAGAUGAAAAAGGGUAAGUGAAUUUCAUUAACAACUCACACAUACAACUUGACACCAAAUUUUUGUUACAGUCACUAACUAAACAUUUAGGUCAUCAUAUACAAGAACUCAGGAGUCUCUCUAAUCUCUUACAUAUGUGUUUCGGAACUUGGUGAAUAAUGUUUACUACAGGAUAAGGUUAUAUAACAUUUUCUUACAAUAUACAAUAUUUAAGUACUUGCAAUUUAUAGGCAUGAAGAUUACAUACAAAUUUAUAGGAUCUCGGUAACAAUUGACAUCCAUGUACAGUGUCCGACUCACUCUGCUGUUGAUAAGUAAGAGUUGAUAUUCAUAUUGUAUGAUUUGUGAUGUCAACUCUUUCUGAUUGAUAUUUUCCUAAACUUGUCUACUGCCCGAUGUAACAUGUUUGAUGUCUUUUUUUUUUUUACUAAGUAAAACUGAUUUGAUUUAAUUAACAAUUGAUUAACAGAUAAAAAUGAUUGGUAGCAAUAAGUUGAUAACUCAUUAUAUCUAAGAGUUUACUGAAGAUAAAGCCUAAAGCAGUUGUGAAUAGCUUUACAAUUUAAGAUGAAGAUGCCAGCACUCGUUUAUGAUAGUUUGUGAUUUUUCUUCAGUAAAAUAUUGGAAUGAUGUUAUACUCGCUUAUUGGUAAAAGACAAAAUUUAUAUUAAUAGUCAUUGUAAAGCAACUUAUUUUAAAAGCUUGCAUAUGCCACUUGUGUAAUUACCAAAUUGUAGUUACAAGAUGAGAACUAUGCUCGUAGUGUCUCAUCUUCCCAGCACUCUUUGUCAUGUAACACUUUGAAACUACUGAUGGUUUUGGCCUCCACCACCUUCUCACUUAACUUGUUCCAACUAUCUACCACUCUGUUUGCAAAAGAACAUGUUCUAAUUUUUUUUUGCACCUUUGUUUCUUGAGCUUGAAUCUUUGACCUCUUGUUCUUGAAGUUGCUGAUUUCAGGAAUUCCUCUUUAUCAAUUUGGUUGUUUGCUGUUAUUAUUUUGUAAAUGGUGAUCAUAUCACCUCUUUUUCUUCUAUCUUCUAGCUUUGGUAUAUUUAACCCCUCUAGCCUCUCUUCGUAGCUCUUGUUUUUUGGUUCUGGAAGCCAUUUUGAAACAUGCCUUUGCAUCUUUUCUAGUUUAUUGAUGU